AUGGGUUGUAGAAGGGUAGUAGGGAUUGAUGGAUCUUUUCUAAAAGGGCAGUGUAAGGGACAAUUAUUAACAACCAUAGGUAGGGACCCAAACAAUCAUGUUUUUCCCAUAGCUUGGGAUGUAGUUGACAUUGAUAAUAAGUUUAACUGGAAGUGGUUCCUUCAGUUGUUAGAGGUUGGCCUUGGAAUGGAUGCGGGAAGGGGCAUGUGUGUAGUUUCAGACCAACAUAAGGGUCUUCUUGAGGCAACAAAGGAGGUGUUACCAUAUGUUGAGCAUAGAAAGUGUGCACGACAUAUCUAUGCCAACUUCAGGAAAGUAUAUAGUGGAAUUCAGUCAAGGAAUCUAUUCUGGAAGGCUGCCAAAUCAACUGUAGAGGGUGAAUUCAAGAAUCACAUGGAUGAGAUUAGACAGAUUAGCCCAGGUGCUUAUGAACAUCUAAUGGUAAGGGAGCCAAAUACAUGGUGCAUGGCUUUCUUUUCCAUUGGAUUAGCCUGUGAGGCUGUAGAAAAUGGUAUCGCAGAAUGCUUCAAUGCAGUUAUACUUGAUGCUAGGAAGAAGCCACUACUGACCAUGCUUGAAGAGAUAAGGCUAUAUAUGAUGGACAGGUUUUGGAGGGUACACCCUAGUGGAAAAAAUGAAUUUGAAGUUAGAAAUGGUCUUGAAUCAUAUGGAGUCAACAUAGAGAAAAGGAGUUGUGCAUGUAGACUUUGGGAUGUAUCAGGGAUACCAUGUGUCCAUGCCCAAGCAUCUAUCAUGUUAACUCAUCAGGAUCCAAAGACAUUUAUCAGCAAGUGGUUUGGUACGGCAAUGUACAUUUCAAGUUAUAGUUCUAACAUUCUACCUGUUAAUGGCAACAAUUUAUGGAGUAAAGCUACUUAUAUUAAGCCCUUACCCCCCUUAGAGAGGAGGAUGCUAGGAAAGCCUAUUGUGAAAAGGAAAAGGCAUGUCUCAGAGAGGGAUGACAAGUUCUCUCAAGUGUGCUCAAAGGGCAGAACUAUCCAAUGUCAAAACUGUCAACAAAAGGGGUACAACAAGAAAAGCUAUAUGGACUACAUUACACAACAAAUUAAAGAGUUGAGGAAAUCAUGUUAUACUGAUGUAGACAUUAUGAGAUGCCUUGGAAUUACAAAAGCUCAUUUAGAAGAGUUUGGAUAUGUGGUGGACUGGAAGGAGGUGGAUAGGGUAAUGAAGAAGAAGAAGGACAUGGACAAGGAGAUGAAGUGGAAGGAUGUGGAGAUGGACAAGGCGAUAAAGAAGAAGAAGAAGAAGAAGGAUAUGGAAGAUGGAGGAGAUGAAGGAGAUGGACAAGAAGAAGAUGUAGAAGGAGAUGGAGAAGGGGAUGAAGUGGAAGGAGUUGAAGCAGAAGAUGUUCAAGGAAAUGAUGAAGGUGGAGAAGGAGUUGAAGUGGAAUCUGAAAAUGUUCAAGGAAAUGAAGAAGGUGUUCCAGUACAACAAGGGCAUUUUGGGAAUCAUAUGCAACAAAGAACAAGGAGACCCUCAAAGAGGAUCAUUCUUCAGAAGCUGAAAAAGAAGGUGGUUGACCCUUUUGGUAUAGGAAUGUAUGAAGAUAAGGCAUUAGUUAUAGAUUAG